GCGCUGAUUGGAUGGAUGCUCCCCACCAAUGGCGGAGCGCGUUGUUGGCGGGGGUGGGGGGUGCGGGCCGGCGCCGAGGGGCCAAGAUGGUUCUGGAGAGCACCAUGGUCUGUGUGGACAACAGUGAGUACAUGAGGAACGGGGAUUUCCUGCCCACGAGGCUCCAGGCCCAGCAGGACGCCGUGAACAUCGUGUGCCACUCCAAAACCAGGAGCAACCCCGAGAACAACGUGGGGCUCAUCACCCUGGCCAAUAACUGCGAGGUGCUGACCACGCUCACCCCGGACACGGGACGGAUCCUCUCCAAGCUCCACACGGUGCAGCCCAAAGGGAAGAUCACCUUCUGCACCGGGAUCAGAGUGGCCCACCUGGCCCUGAAGCACCGGCAGGGCAAGAACCACAAGAUGAGGAUCAUCGCCUUCGUGGGGAGCCCCGUGGAGGACAACGAGAAGGAUGUGAGUGACCCCACUUUUAGGGUGGGUUUGGGGGUCCCUGGCACCAAAAUUCCAGCCUCACACCCCAGCCAGGAGGCUCUGGGGGGGCUGGAUCCCCGGGCUGGAUCCCAGGGUUGGAUCCCCGGGUUGGAUCCCAGG